UUCCACUAUUUUAUCUCGUCUUUCUUUCCAUCAAAGGAGACGGAGAGAAAGAAAGAAAACUAUCAAUUUUCUUUUCUAAUUCAAUUGCUUCUCCAUCUGAAGAUUCAGAUCUCAAACAAACUCGAUCAAACAUUUUAACCAUCACACAAUUCCUUGAAAGAAAGAAAAAAAGAAAAAUAAUUUUUCUACUUUCCUCCUGGUUGAAAAAAGAAGACGAAUAGAACAAUCACAAAGAUUGACAAUGGCAACAGUGUCCCCUCUCGCCAAGUACAAACUUGUCUUCUUAGGCGAUCAGUCCGUAGGAAAAACCAGCAUCAUCACUCGCUUCAUGUACGAUAAGUUUGACACCACUUAUCAGGCUACGAUUGGAAUCGACUUUUUGUCAAAGACAAUGUAUCUCGAAGAUCGAACUGUUAGAUUGCAGUUGUGCUUUUAGUGAUUUUUUUUACGUAUGGUUAAUAUAUGAAUUUGUUGAUUUAUUUUUUUACAGGGAUACAGCUGGACAAGAGAGAUUUAGGAGUCUUAUUCCUAGCUAUAUUCGAGAUUCUUCUGUUGCUGUCGUAGUAUAUGACGUAGCCAACAGGCAAUCAUUCUUAAAUACUUCUAGGUGGAUUGAAGAGGUACGAACAGAACGAGGGAGUGAUGUUAUCAUAGUGCUCGUUGGCAACAAAACCGAUCUCGUUGAAAAAAGGCAAGUGUCGAUAGAGGAAGGAGAUGGCAAGGCUAAAGACUUUGGAGUUAUGUUUAUAGAGACUAGUGCAAAAGCAGGUUUCAAUAUCAAACCACUUUUUCGCAAAAUUGCUGCUGCAUUGCCAGGGAUGGAAACCCUUUCUUCGACAAAGCAAGAAGAUAUGGUUGAUGUGAAUCUAAAGCCUACCGUGAAUUCAUCUCAAGCUGAGCAACAAGGAGGAGGAUGUGCUUGUUAAAAAUGUAUUUUCCUAAAAUGAACAUAAAAUGACAUGAAAAUAGAUAAAACCAUACAUUUGGAGUUUAUAGAGUUAAAUCCUAAAAUUUUUAGUAGAUCACAAAAAUGUUCUCAGGCAUACAAUCAAUACAUGAUUUUCUCACCGCGACAACAACCAAUGAUCAUCUUGUUAAACAUUAACAUAAUCAAUUUACCCU